GUCUAAAAUCCAUCACGGCUUGUUCACAUCAGCGUGAUGGAUCAGUUUCUAUAGACCUAUUUCCAGACAAUAACAUUUAUGAAGAAGAGACCGGCCGAGGAUUACAGAGACAAGGUUAGAAAUACCUACUCGUACCUACUCAAUGGCGACUCUAAAAAACAGAAUACGAAAAGCCUCGAAUACCAAAAAAUAUGACAUGAUAGAUGAUUGAUACAUGAUUAGUGACUAGUUGGAAAUGCAUUCGCCUCACUGAUGCUUGCCGGCGAGAGUAAUUGGUGUGGAUGUAGUCACUGUACUGAUGUAAUAAUAAAAACAUAUCUGGUUUGCGUUCUGUUUUGACAGACUGGGAACACGAUUUAUGUCGUUCCAAAGAACUUCAUCCUGAACAAGCCACUGUCGCAAGUCACGGUGCUCAUCUCGGAGGUGCUGCUCACCGACAACACCACCACCGUCUUCAAUCAAGGUGAAACCAUACCCCUCACCAUCCGCACACGCCAUUUCAUGAACGAGUCCACGCAGGAGGUGAACGCCGCCUGCGCGCGGAUCAUCAUGCCUCAGUACCUCAAGUACGUGGACGGUGCCAACAAUUUGAUCGCGAAUAUAACCGGUACCGUCACCGUCUUGGGCCACUUGGACUACUGUUUUGACUUUCUCUUGUUCACCGACAUCCUUGAAGCGAACUUGACGAUCACAGUCGAUCCUGACGGGGAAAUGCCACCUGGUCUUGGACAAGUGAAGGCGACGACGCUUCUCAGAGUUGUGGGCAACACUGCUACCGAUGCCACUAUCAAGUACUUUGGGAAGACCGCCCAUGUUGUGUACGAAGUGAACGUCCCGGACGUCAGUGACCCGCUGGGCUUGGGAGGCUUGAUGGCCUGUCAAUUUACUGCCUCGGCUUCCUUGGAUGGGAGCACCCUGCCUGAGAUGGCUAUGCCCGGAUCUGGUGGAGGCUGGAGUCCCCCGGUAACAGUGGGGGCGUCCUGGAAACACUACAUCACCAUCGAUUUUCUCAAACCGGCACGGGUAACGCGCAUCGACUUCGAGGAGGUCACAGGCAAACUCAGCAUCAAAACCUUCCGCCUUCAGUACUCUCAGUCGGGCAUCGUAUUCUCUGGAGAUUGCCAGCGGGAUGCCAGCAGCCAGGUGGUUCUUCCGGCAGAGUGCAUUUUCGAAGCGCGCUUCUUCCGUAUCUUGGUGGAAACAGUCAGCGAUGGACUGGGACAGGGAGGAACCGUGGUCGGGGCGGAGACAGGGAUCCUUGGCGUAAGGUUCGUGGAAUGGUAUGGUGCGUACAAGGAUGGGGAUUCCGCCUCCUGCGCCACCAACUUCCAGACGCGCCUUUCAGAUAAGCCAGAGCAGUGGAGGAACGUCGCUUAUGACACUGCUAACAAGGUGUUUUACAUUUGUGACAUCAGCGUGAAGCGUGAGGUGAAGGACCCCAAGAUGGUGUGUCUCUCCUCUCCGGACGGGGACACGUGGAACGUUCUGCCGUCGUAUGUCACGCGACUGGUGGGCUUCUACGAAUCCUACGGGGGGAUGUGUGCUGCGAGCAAGGCGGAUAGCGCCGUGGUGUGCAGCAGGGACGGCAAGCGAUGGAACAUCAUGCCGAACGUCGACCAUGCUGACAUCUUGGCCAAUGCGGUGCCUCCGACGGCCGUGCCUGGCUUGCCUGAAAGCGAACUUCAGGCCACUAAUUUCGAAACUUGGUCAGUUGACUUUACGGGAGUGUCUAAGGACGGGACUCUCCGUGCCAGGUGGGCCAACUGUUGCAGCUAAGUGGCCAAGCGCAUCACCACCCCAGCGCCAGACACAAUACCGUCGCUCACAGAUGGUUCCGAGCACCACAACAAGAAAUUUUAUAUGUAAUAAUAUAUACAUGUAUAUCCUUUGUUUAACCACAUCCCCUUUACACACCAAUACGCCUUCAGUAUAUUCGAAUUUCAGUAAUAAGUAUGAAUGUUUCGGCGGCAAAGUUAGUUGAAGCCGGAUAAUUGUCAACUGUUCUAGGCUGAGAGGAAUUUCGCCACCGAGAUUUUGUACAAUUGCCUUCCUUCUAGUUACAUCUCCCAUUCCGCCCCUGCGUCCUCUCCCCAUUACGUCCUCGUCACCUCCACCUGGCUUCGCUACUCCACCAGACGAUGCAGCGUGUGAAGCUAAGUACUGUUGUUGUUGUUCAGGUGAUGCUAACAAUCGUGCUGCUGUAGUUUUAACGAUGAGGCGUCGCGAGGAAGACUGGAUUGAGUAUAGCUUUGUUGUAGUUGCCCAAAUAUAAUUCAAGGAAUUUUU